CCAUACUAGCUCCCUAUGCCUAGUUUAGCGCCCUCACAUUUCAGGUCGGUCUUUUUCGAUUCCCAUCUUGAUUUUGGAUUAAACCAACAUACCAAAAUAAAGAUGGCUGUCCGACCACUUGUCAAGCCAAAGAUUGUCAAGAAGAAGACCAAACACUUUAUCCGUCAUCAAUGUGAUAGAUAUGUGAAGGUUAAGCCAAGUUGGAGGAAGCCGAAGGGUAUUGACAACAGAGUCCGUAGGCGGUUCAAGGGUCAGAUGCGCAUGCCCAAGAUCGGUUAUGGAAGCAACAAAAAGACAAAACACAUGAUGCCAGAUGGUUUCAAAAAGUUCCUUGUUCAUAAUGUGAAAGAAUUGGAAGUACUCAUGAUGUCAAACAGGACAUAUGCCGCUGAGGUGGCCCAUAACGUUUCCGCUCGCAAACGUAAACUCAUCGUUGAACGUGCCCAGCAACUAGCAAUCAAAGUAACAAAUGCUCACGCCAGGCUGCGAAGCGAGGAGAAUGAGUAGAUACAAAGAAUGUUACUUUUAAUUUGAGAGGAAAAGAUAAUAAAACAUUGUAAAAAAUACACAGUAAAAA